GUCGGCGGGCUGUCUGUCUGCAUUUACGGCCUGCGUUCAUCUACACGCGUCUGCCUUUACAUCGACCCGCGCGCCUUCCACCUCACUUGCCCUCCAUCACUGUGGUCUGGCCGACGUCUGUACACUGCCCGCCGUCCUAGUACGCGCAUCCGGUCCUAAUACGCGCUACUCGUCUGCUGUGUUUACUGUCAUCCAUACACUCGCUGCUCCAGCAACCCCUUAGCGCCAAUCACUCCGUCCUCAAGCACGCGCACACAUACGCCCUAACCAUGGCCACCGCCAAGAUCGGCACCCUGCUCAUCCGCACCCUCGCCAAACCGAUCGCGAACCAGAUCAAGGCCCAGGUCAAGCAGCACCCCUCCUUCCGCCGCAUCUGCGUCGGCCUCGCGCAGCGCAUGCACAGGACGGAGAUGCGGCUGCGGACGAAUAUACUUGGGACGGCGCCCACCACCCCCGUCCGCCCCCUCUCCGAAACGCGCGCGAUCGAGAACGGGGCGAACGCGAUAGCCGAGGGGUUCCUCUUCGCCGUCGCCGCGGCGCUGAUUUUGGGCGAGAGCUGGCGGACGAGUGUGAGGGGGGAGAAGAGAAGAGACCUCGUCGACGACGCGCUCGACGCGCUCCAAUCCGACGUCGAGUCCCUCAAGGCCGAGGUAGCCAGCGUGCGGGGGACGGUCGGGGAGGUCGUGAGGGGGUGGGAGGAGGAGAGGGGGAGAAACGACGAACUCACCCGGAUCUUGGAGCGUGUCGUCGAGAUCGGGCUCCGAGGCGGAUGGGCGGAGUUUGAGGGGGAGCCUGUCAAGAUUCCGAGGGUGGGGUUGGUGCCGGCGUCCACUGGCCCAUCAACAUCGACCACUAUCUCAUCAACAUCGUCCACUAUCUCAUCAACAUCGGAAGCGGGCGUAGAUACGCCGGUCAGCGAUGCGCUGCGGGAGGCGAGGAGGACGGAGGGCAUCACGAGAGAAGGGGAGGAGGGGAAGGAGUCGAGGUCGUCAUAGACGACGGAUUGUUGCUCGUUGAGACGAGGGAGGGCGGGGUUGAGACGAGGGAGGGCGG